AUGCCGGUCUACGUCAAAACGAAAACGUGCGUGAGGAGACGGCGCUACUGUAACGCGGUGCCGUCUCACGCCUCGGCGGCACGAUUGAAAAUGCUUGAUCGCUCGCUAGUCGGACUCGAUGCACUCCGUGACAGGCGAUGGACCUGUCGGCCGCAAGGUGACGCAGAUUGGCAGGCGAGCACCAAUGAUAUCAGAUCAUGCCAGACGGCAUUGGGGAAAUGCGUCGAUCUCUUACGAGAAUCAAGAGAUGAUGGCAUCUGCAAAACAUUUGGAGCCCCGGAGGGUUCCGGGAUAGUGCAAAGGGCCAUUGGCUUCAUACACCUCGCGAUGAUGUCGGCACGGGUCUCCGUACAGACUAUCGUGAGAGAUGUUGGAUCUGAGAUGGGUCACAGCCUCCUCGCUUUCCCCCUUGACCAGGUAAUCAUGCCGCUACUGAUGCGAGGCAGAGAUGGGUCGAUUCCCGUCUGGUCCCACAAAGCAUCCAAUUUGGAUCUCUCCGCUAUGCGCCAAUUCGAGGAAGUCAACGAUGAGAGACACGAGCCGAGAUUCGCAUUUCGUCACGUCGCGCGCGGGAAUUACGGGAUGAACGGAGGGCAUAGCGCGGGGAUGGGAGGGUCGCGAGAGGCGGAAAUCCCACCUGGAAAGGAGACAAGAGCCCACAACCGCUCCGAUGUGCCGCCACGCAAGGUUCCGUUCGAGAGUGGGACACCGCUGAAUGUUAAAGCAGGGGAGUCCCCCAACGGCAGCUCCGUUGAUGGCCCGUCUUGUGUAUCCGUACUUAUGCUCGUGGACUGUUGGCCCAUUUUCUUCCAAAUCACUGCAAGAUCAAAGAGUGCAUCUGGACCCCGAAUCGACGCCGCUGUACUUACGCGGUAG